AAUGAAUAGAACAGGACAGAAAAUUUUCUUGAGCUGUCUCUGAUUCCACAGGAUAAAGAACGGGGGGACAAUCAGGUGUCCCCAUCGACAACCCAUGCCCAAAAAUCAAAAAUCUUUUUACCCCUUUCUCGUCCCUCCGGGAGAGUCUGUACUGCACUACUGCUCCCACUCGCACACAGGAGCAGUUUUUUUCUUCUUAAGCUACAUAUAUGUGCUUCGUCGGCGAGUGCGUACAUACAUAUCUCCUCCCCGCUCCUCGUAGCCGUGCUCUUCGCGCCGCGCCAGACGCUGCCAGCCAGCCCCUCUUGCUCACCCUGAGCUUCUUGCAUCAGGUUCGAUAGGAUUGGAUCCCGACGCAUCAGGCUUGAGUGAUCCUGGAAGAAGAAGCAGCAGCAGCAGCAGCAACAACAAGAUGUUGGAGAAGAAGGCUGGCAGCGAGUUCAGCGGGGAGAAAGUGAUCGCGGAGUUCGAGCGGCUGACGCGGGACGCCGCCAAUGUGCAGCGGGAGACGCUGCGGCGGAUCCUGGGCGAGAACGCCGCCGCCGAGUACCUGCAGAAGCUGGGCCUCGCCGGGCGCACCGACGCCGGCAGCUUCCGCGCCUGCGUGCCGCUCGCCACGCACGCCGACUUCGAGCCCUACAUUGACCGCAUCGCCGACGGCGACGACUCCCCCGUCCUCACCGCCAAGCCCGUCACCUCCAUCUCCCUAAGCUCGGGCACGACGCAGGGGAAGCGCAAGUACCUGCUGUUCAACGAGGAGCUCGUCAAGUCCACGAUGCAGAUAUACCGGACCUCCUACGCUUUCAGGAACAGGGAGUUCCCCGUGGAGAAGGGCGGCAAGGCGCUGCAGUUCAUCUACAGCAGCCGCGAGUUCACGACGAAAGGCGGGCUGACGGCGACGACGGCGACGACCAACGUGUACCGCAGCGAGGCGUUCAAGGCGACGAUGCGGGACGUGCAGUCGCAGUGCAGCAGCCCGGACGAGGUCAUCUUCGAGGCCGCGACGGGGGACUUCGCGCAGUCGCUCUACUGCCACCUCCUCUGCGGCCUGCAUUCCCGGGCCCAGGUGCAGUCGGUGACCGCCACGUUCGCCCACAGCGUCGUGCUGGCGUUCCAGACCUUCGAGCGCGUCUGGGAGGAGCUCUGCGCCGACAUCCGCCGGGGCUCCCCCUCGCCGACGCGUGUCACCUCGCCGGCGCUCAGGCGGGCCGUGUCGGCCCGCCUCGCCCGGCCCGACCCGGCGCUGGCCGACGCCGUGGGCCGGGCCUGCGCCGGGCUGAGCAACUGGUACGGGGUGAUCCCGGCGCUGUGGCCCAACGCCAAGUACGUGUACGGCAUCAUGACGGGGUCCAUGGAGCACUACGUCAGGAAGCUCCGGCACUACGCGGGGGGUUUGCCGCUGGUGGCCGCGGAGUACGGCGCGUCCGAAGGGUGGAUUGGGGCGAACGUCGACCCCGGGGUGGCGCCGGAGUCGGCCACGUUCACCGUGCUGCCUGACAUCGGCUUCUUCGAGUUCAUCCCUCUCGGGUCCGGCUGCAGUACGACGGCUGACGCGUGCUGCGGCGAGGAGGAGCCGGUCGGGCUGACGGAGGUCGUCGUCGGCGAGCACUACGAGGUUGUCAUGACCACCUUCGCAGGAUUGUACCGGUACCGGCUGGGGGACGUGGUGCAGGUGGCCGGGUUCCACAACGCGACGCCGAAGCUGAGGUUCAUCUGCCGGCGGAACCUGGUGCUGUCCAUCAACAUCGACAAGAACAGCGAGCAGGACCUGCAGCUGGCCGUGGACCGCGCGGCCGCAAAGGCCCUCGCCGCCGAGAAGCUGGAGGUGGUGGACUACACGAGCUACGCCGACAUGUCGUCGGACCCGGCCCACUACGUCGUCUUCUUCGAGCUCAACAACGCCGACGCCGGCCACGACGACGCGCUGCGGGCCUGCUGCGACGAGCUGGACCGGGCCUUCGCGGACCCGGGCUACGUGGGCUCGCGCAGGUCCCGCGCCAUCGGCCCGCUCGAGCUGCGGGUGCUGCAGCGGGGCACGUUCCACAGGGUGCUGCGGCAUUACCUCUCGCUGGGCGCCCCCGUCAGCCAGUUCAAGUCGCCGCGCUGCGUCGCGCGGAGCAACGCCGGCGUGCUCCAGAUACUCGCCGGCAGCACCGCCAAGGUCUUCUUCAGCGCUGCCUACGAUUGAUGUACGCCACCACGCGUGGAUGGAUCUCAGCUGGAGAGCACGUACAGUACAGUGUCUGAAACUCUGAAUCGUAGCUUCAGUUCAGGCAGGGAGUACUGACAGUGACGCGGUUGGCAGUACUUACGUUACGUGGCAGAUCAGGUAGGUACCGGUACAGGUACAGGUACCGCAGGCAUGCUAGCUGUAACGUCUCUCAACAGGUGAAGUUGUCUCAGAGCGUGACAGUGUCUGUUGCUUUGUUGCCAAAAAUGUGUGUAUGUACUCCGUACCUACCAGUUCUGUCUCAUGCAUGUGGACUGUUUGCUAGUAGCAGAACCAAAUGAACUUGUCGAUUUGUCCCUCCCUAA